AAGCAUUGGCGGUAACCCGCUAGAUGGCGCUGUUCCUUCCAGCCUUGGCAGCCUUGUCAAUCUCGUCUCCCUCAACAUCGCUGGAACAGGGGAGGACGGAGUGGGAGGCCCCCUGCCUUCUAGCUUUGCCAAUCUGAAGAAGCUCAAAGAGCUCUAUCUGCGCAACAACCGCUUCAACGGCAAGCUGCCGGACUUUAUCGGGGACCUCACUAAUCUGGAGCAGCUCAUGGUGAGCAAGAACUACUGGGAGGGCCCCAUUCCCAAGACCCUGUCUAAGCUCAAGAAGCUCAAAUACCUGGGUCUUCGUGAGACAGCCUUGGAGGGCGAGAUUCCAACGUUCCUUGGGACGCUUGAUAAGCUCACAUACCUCUCCCUCUCUGACACGCGUCUGUACGGGGAGGUGCCUAAGGCGCUCAACGGGCUCGUCAACCUCAAAGAGCUGUACCUCCAGAAUGGAUGGUUUUACGGCCCCCUGCCCAACCUCAGCAACCUGAAGAAGCUCACAGAAAUUGAUCUGACAGACAACUAUUUCUCCGGUCCCGUGCCCGCCUUCCUCCUCCGAGUCAAGUCCGUUAGCAUCAGUGGAAACUAUUUUUCCGGCUCAGCCGCCGCCCUCCCCUGCUCCGACCAGUUCUCUAUCGACCGCAACUGCCUCUCUGCUGCCCCGCCAAGUGCGGCGGGGUCGCUAGCCAGAGGAGCACGGCUGAUUGCAACAAGUUCUGCGGGACGGCAAUGGCUGCUGGGGCGUGCAGUGGGAAGGGCGUGUGCGUGUUGGACAUGGAACAGAUGCUUGACACACAGGCUUUUGUGCCCAUCUGCAAGUGUGAGAAGGGUUAUUGGGCUUCUCACAACAAGCUGAGAUGCUCCAAGAACAACACUUCAAUGGAGAUAUGAUCAGAGAACACUUGCAAGCUUGGCGAAUGAAUAAAAAAUAGGUGUUGAAUUGUUUGUUCAGCGUUUACCUACAGUAAUAAAAUAAUGGUGUGGUUGUUUGAGUUGCACCUUUAUAGAGCUGAAUGUGGCCGGGUUUUUCAUACCCUCAUCCUUUCUCUGUAAUGAACUA